AUGAGUCGGAUCAGGAGACACAAGCAGCACCGCUGCAGCGCAGCACAAGGGUCAGCAGCAGCAGCAGCAGCAGCAGCAGCAGCAACAGCAGCAGCAGCAGCAGCAGCAGCAGCAGCAAGUAGCCUUCAAGACCAGGUUGAUACACUGAGGAGUGCCUUGCUGCAGCACCUGCAGCAGCUGCAGCAGACACCCCCGAACCCCCAGGAGCAGCAGCAACUGCAGCAGCAGCAGCAGAAACUGCAGCAACAGCAGAUGCAGCGACAACAGCAGCAGCAGCAGCAGCAGCAGCAGCAGCAGCGGCAGCAAGAAGAGCAGCCACAAAGCCAACAAGAGACGCUUCAGCAGGAGAAGCAGGAGCGUCAGCAGGAGCAGCAACAGCAGCAACAGCAGCAGCAACAACAGCAGCAGCAACGGCAGCAGCGACAACAACAGCAGCAACAGGAGCAGCAGCAGGAGGAGCAGCAAGAAGAGGAAGAAAGCGAUGAGAAAGAAGAAGAGAAGGAGCAGCAGCAGCAGCAGCAGCAGCAGACACCUUCGCAGCAGAAAGCGCGCCAGAAACAGCAGCAGCAGCAGCAGCAGCAGCAGCAGCAGGAUCGUCGUCCCCAGCGCGGCAGCAGCCGUCUAGCAGCAGCAGCAGCAGCUGCUGCUGCUGCUGCAGCAGAAAAGAGCGAGCCCGUCGCAGCUGGCCCGAAGGGUCCGCGACUGCGUGCAGCAGCAGCAGCAGCAGCAGCAGCAGAAGCAGCAGCAGCAGCAGCAGCAGCAGCAGAGAGCAGCGAAGAAGAGGACGAAGCAGAAGCAGAAAAUGAAUGCAGUGAUGAUGAUAGAAACAGCGAGAAAUCUGUUAAAACUAAAUAUAAACUUUUCAGGUUGCCUGUAUUGGUGGACUUUGCUGCUGCUGCUGCUGCAGUGUACGGAGAAGAAAACAUAAAAGAGAGGAGACCCCCGGCGCUGCUGCUGCAGCUGGAGUUCUUUGACUCUUCUAGGCCCCUCACGCGGCAGCAGGAGAGACAGCUCGCGCUGCUGCAGGAGGAAGCUGCUGCAGAACGACGCAGUGUAGAAGGCGGAAGCAGCCAGAAGCACCAGCAGCAGCAACAGCAGCAGCAGCAGCAGCAGCAGCAACGACCAGGACUAGAAGGAGACAGUGGAGGGCCCCGAGCUGCGGAGACAACCGGAGACAGCAGCUGCGACAGUCUUGCUGCUGGGGGGUUGUGGCGCCCCAGCCGUCUCGAUAUGCUGCUGCAUGACAUAGAGCGGCGCCUAGAGUGCCAGCGGCUGCUAGCGAACCCCAGAGAUAUAUUAAGGAGCGGCGGAGGAGACAAAGGAGACUACUACGACAAAGACGAUGCCUUUAUAGAUGAUGCUGAGCUGAGUGACCUGGGUGUGAGCUUGGAGACAGAAGGAGACAGCAGCAGCAGCAGCAGCGAAGAAGAAGCAGCAAACGAUAAGACACCGCCCCUUGCUGCUUUUGUCUGCCGCAAGGAGACCAUCACCACCAACACUUCAGACUCUGAGGAGGGAGAGUCAGGCGAAGAAGAAGAAGAAGAUGAGGCACUCAUAGACCCCAGGGGAUGGAGGGCCUUUAGACCCAGACUGCGGUGUAUGCUGGAGCAGCAGCAGCUGCUGCACCUGGAGCAGCUGGAAGCCACGCUGCAGAGGGCCCAGGGGCCGGAGGCUGUGGCUGAGCUCGAGUCUAUUGUGGGGAGAUAUAUCCGUCGCGCCUGUGCUGCUGGCCUCCCGAAGGAUCCUGAUGAUCUCGUCAUCAUCGAUCUGAAUUGGUCUUUAGUUAAGUGCCUGGGCUCUGCCAUCCACAGAAUACAUUCAGCCCUUGGAGCGGAACUCGUUCAUCAUCUCUUCAUAUGUGCUGCAGCUCCAAGCUGA